UCGAAUCUCGUCACUGUCAUUGUUAUUUUUGGUCUUUAUACAUUGAUUACAACUUCGUUGUGUUUCGACCAUCGUGGCUUUUGUGUGCGUACAUAUAUAAAGCUGGAAGAGUUCGGCCGGCUGAGUGAUUACCCGCACCAUAAUCGGCGCUUAUUAAUCCACGUCUUUAGUCGAUCCUCACGUGCGCUCUUUGACAUUCAUCUCUCAUUACCACCGCCAUGGCUUCAGCUUCCGCAACUGGAAAGCUUUCCCGUGAAGAAUUUCGCCGGCAAAAGGAUCUCGAUGCUGCUCGUAAGGCCGGCACAGCACCAGCAGCUCUGGAUGAGGAGGGGAAGGCCAUCAACCCCCACAUUCCUCAGUACAUCGCACAGGCACCAUGGUACCUCGACACAGGUGCACCCUCCCUCAGCCAUCAGCGUAUGCCAGAGUACGACCGCUCAGCGGACAAGCUCGACAACUGGUACGACAGGGGGGUUAAGGCGGGACCUGCGGCAAAGAAAUAUCGCAAGGGCGCAUGCGAGAAUUGUGGUGCGAUGACGCAUAAGCGGGCGGACUGCCUCGAGCGACCGCGGCGGCGCGGCGCAAGGUACACGAACAAGGACAUCGCGCAGGAUGAGGUGAUUCAAGAUGUCGCGUCGGGCUACGAUGCGAAGCGUGAUCGGUGGAAUGGGUAUGACCCCGCGGAGCACAAAAGGGUGUACGAGGAGUACGCUGCGGUGGAGGCGGCGCGGCAGAAGCUCCGUGAGGAGGAGAUUGACAAGCAGACGACGACGGACCUCGCGGCGGUGCGCAAGAUUGCGCAUACGGGGAAGGAGAAGGGAGAGGGACCCCAUGAUGAUGACUUUGGCAGCAGCGAUGAGGAGGACGAGGAUGCAGACAAGUAUGCGGAGGCGGCGGAUGCGGUGGGCCAGAAGCUGGAUACGAAGACGCGUAUCACCGUCCGGAACUUGCGAAUCCGAGAAGACACGGCGAAGUAUCUCAUCAACUUGGAUCCGUCGAGUGCAUACUAUGACCCGAAGACUCGUUCUAUGCGCGACAAUCCAUUGAAAAACGUCCCACCAGAAGAGGCCCGCUUUGCAGGAGACAACUUUAUGCGCUUCUCUGGAGAGGCACCAGAAGUACAAAAGCUCCAGCUAUUCGCAUGGAACGCGGCCGCAAGGGGCAACGACGUGCACAUGAACGCAAACCCGACGCAAGGCCAGCUGCUGCACCAGUCAUUCCAGCAUAAGAAGGAGCAGUUGAAGGACAUCACCAAGUCCAGUAUCCUCGCCACGUACGGCGGCGAAGAAUACCUGCAGAAAGCGCCAAAGGAGCUGCUGCAGGGUCAGACGGAGGAGUAUGUCGAAUUCUCGCGGACGGGCCAGGUGAUCAAGGGAAAAGAGCGGACAGCGGUGCGGUCAAAAUACCCAGAGGAUGUGCACGUCAACAACCACAUGGCCGUCUGGGGCUCAUGGUACGACCCAGCAUCGGGAGAAUGGGGCUAUGCCUGUUGUCAUUCGACCACCCACUUAUCCUACUGCACAGGCGAGGCCGGCAUCGAAGCCGCCCAAGCCUCCAGCGCACAACGCCUGCUCGCAUCCUCCCUCUCCUCAUCAACCAUCUCUGAACAGCCACCCGCGCCGAACGACGCUGCAGAGGAGCGCAAGAAGAAGGCGGAGGAGCUGUAUUCGAAGAAGCGAUUAGGCGAGGGAGAGGUUGCACUGAACAAUGAGCGGCUGGCGCAGGCGAUCCAAGAGGAGAAGAAACGGAAGGCGAGGGGUGAGGACGCGGACACAGACGAGCGAUUUGGGAAGCGGCAGAAGGGCGGGCAGAGUGGCAGCUCUGAGGUGACGCAGGAAGAGCUCGAGGCGUACAGGAUGAAUCGCCGGAUGACGGAAGACCCGAUGGCCAAUUAUGUGGACACUGAUGCUUAGCGCUGUAUGAUAUAUCUGUAUCAAUGUUUUUAUUUUCAUGUCUGUUCUGUAC